AUGCGCGAGGGAUAUCCCUCGAUCUCCGACGAGAUCGUAGAUCCGAUCGAGCGCGACGAGGAUGGAUUCAUCGCGAACACGUGCGCGCGGUGGGCGGGACGCGAGCGCUCGAUCGCAGCCUUGGUGAAGGCGCUCGGUGGGUCCAGGGACGACGGACCGGCGAUGUACGCGCACGGACCGCCGGUAAGCGGGAAGACAUCGAUCGUGCGAGAGGUGAUGUUGAGGAGUGAGCGACCGCACGCGUUCGUUUCGUGCGCCACGGAACAUAGCGCGCGACUGCUCUACGAAGCGAUAGCGGAGGAGUUGACGCCGUAUCUGAUGGAGUGCAGCGAGUUUUUGAGAGAAGCCAGCGCGGAACAAGUGAAGAAGGCGAUGAAGUGCGAUAGGUAUAGCGAUUUAGUGGAGAUUUUGCGGACGCAUCUCCCGGCGAGUCCGUCCGCGCGGGCGUGUUACGUCGUCGUCGACGAGGCGCAGCGGAUGUUACAGUGGCGGGGAGAGCCCGUGGUAAGCGCGCUGCUGCGCCUGGGGGAGCUGAGCUGUCGGAAGGUAAUCGUGAUAUUCAUCGGUGAGCAGGGAUGGGACACGUUUUGCUCGGUCGCGGGGACGACGCCGUACGAGGGUGUGUAUUUUCCCGCCUACUCAAAGGACGAGUUGCGUUUCAUCUUACUGAGAGAGCGUCCGAUGGAUGCGGACGAGAUGAUGUACAACGGCUUUUUAGGAAACAUGCUGGGGACGUUCGCGGCGACGUGUAGAAAUUUGCGCGAGCUCCGCGCGACGCUGACGCCGCUUUGGAUGCAGUACAUCAAGCCAUAUGAUGCAGCGAUCGCUCGAGGCGAGACGCCGCCAGAGCCUCGUCAGCUUUACGCUGCGCUGAACGCUAAGAGAGCGCCAGCAAAGGUACAAGAUCGAGCGAAUGAGCGAGAACGAGAAGGCACGACUUCAAGACGGGACAAGCCAAACGUGCACACUGGCUUGACAGUGCCCCUAAGCGCAGCCGCCUUGGCGCUCGGCCGAGGCGAGUGGCCCGUGGCGCAAGACGUCGCCGGCAGUGGCGCAGGCGGGCGCCUGGAUUUUGAGAUCCCGAGGCUGACCAAGUUCCUGCUUCUCGCCGCGUUCUUGUGCUCGCACAACAACGACGACGUGGAUAAGCGAUUGUUUGGAGGGCAGAUCGAAGGCCACGUUGCUCGAACCUCACGCACUGAUAGAAACGCGGGAGAGCGCGAGCGCGCCGCCGCGGCAGAAGCGGCCGUGGACACCAGGCGAGUGUUCAAGCUCGAACGUCUGAUCGCGUGGUUUCACUUCAUCACGCGCUCCACAUGCGACGAGCACGGCGCCGAGGUCGCGGAUCUCGAGGAGGAGCUCCUGAGCGCCGAUGUCUUCAUGCAAAUAUCAAGCAUGACUCAGCUUGGCCUGCUGUCGAUCAAUCGCGGGAGCGCGAUGGAGGGCGGUCUGUACCAGUGCAACGUUUCUCGCGAUCUGGCCGAGAAAUUAGCGCAAAAUCUCGGGGUCAAUCUGCCAACCUACCUUCGAUAUGUGUAA